UAUUUUAAAAUGCUAUCUUCGAGAUAUCUGUUAAUCAGCUGUGUUGCUGAUGUCAUGACGUUAUUGACAUUCUUUUAAAGUCAAAUAGCAUUAUUAUAAUAUUCUUUUUUUCUUGCGAAAAUGAAAUUUUCGCUCAAUGAACAAUGACGAAUACUGUUUUAAGCUGAAGGUGAAGAAAGCUGUAUUCCCUUUUUUGUAUAAUUAUAGAAUAACAAAACAUUUUAUCCAUGAUACAUUGAAGAAUUUUAAAUUACAUAAAUAAUAUUACAAAUACUGUGAAAAUGGAUAGUCUUUUCACACAAAAUAUUUCAGAAGAACUAGAGGAUAUACCACAAACAGAUGAACCAGUUUGGAUUCUUGGAAAAAAAUAUAAUGCUAUAAGAGAACUGGACGCAAUUCGUAGGGAUAUAAAAUCCAAAUUAUGGUUUACUUAUCGAAAAAAUUUUGUGCCUAUUGGUGGUUACAAUUCUACAUUUACAUCUGACAAAGGUUGGGGUUGCAUGUUAAGAUGUGGUCAAAUGGUUCUUGGUCAAGCUUUAAUUAUAUUACAUUUAGGUAGAGAUUGGCAAUGGACACCAGAAACCAGAAAUAGUACGUACCUGAAAAUUUUAGAACGUUUUGAAGAUAAAAGAACUGCCGCUUUUUCUAUUCACCAAAUUGCAUUAAUGGGAGCAUCAGAAGGAAAAGAAGUUGGACAAUGGUUUGGGCCCAACACAAUAGCACAAGUAUUAAAAAAAUUAGUUGUGUUUGAUGAAUGGAGUUCAAUUACAAUACAUGUUGCUCUGGACAAUACAUUAAUAGUUAAUGACAUUUUAAAGCAAUGUAGAGUAGAAGGAGGUACAACAGUGGAAACUGAUGAUAAUAUACCAUUGAAAGCACCUAGCCAAUGGAAACCUUUAUUACUUUUAAUACCUCUUCGUCUUGGAUUAAAUGAGAUUAAUCCAAUUUACAUUAAUGGUCUUAAAACUUCAUUUAAAAUUCCACAAUCUCUAGGAGUAAUAGGAGGAAAACCCAAUCUUGCAUUAUAUUUCAUAGGAUGUGUCGGAAAUGAAGUAAUUUAUUUGGAUCCUCAUACAACACAAAGAUCAGGUAGUGUUGGUAGAAAACUAGAAGAGGAAGAAAUUGAAAUGGAUAUUACUUAUCAUUGUAAAUCUUCUAGUCGUAUUCUUAUUACAGGAAUAGAUCCUUCUAUAGCACUUUGUUUCUUUUGUGCAAGUGAAAAAGACUUUAGAUCUUUAUGCAAAUCUAUUCAAGAAGAAUUAAUAGCACCAGAAAAACAACCUUUGCUUGAAUUGUGCACAGAGAGAUUAGCACAAUGGUCACCAACUGAAGAUGUAGCUUUAGAAGCAAUAGCAGCUUCAAGUUUUGUAGAUUUUGAACAUAUAGAUCCACAAUGUGAUACAUCUGAUGAAGAUUUUGAAAUACUUGGUUGACAUUUAAUUAAUAAUUAACAAA